AGGCCUCGUCGUGGCUUUCUCGGCCCCUCCUCCCCAGCCUCCCCUCCCACGGCUUUCUUCGGUGGCCUUGGUCCCUCCCCGGCUGCUGUCCUCAGACCUUCAUUGGCCCCUUAUCUCCCCAGUAACCAGACCACAACAGUGAGCUUGGAGUACCCAGGACAGGUCAGGCACUCCAGCAGGAGCCUCACCCUCUUUGGCCAAGAUGCCUUUUGGACUCUCGGCUGGGAGCACUCGUUCCGAGGAUGGAAGUGAGGCCUUCCUGGAGGGAAUGGUAGACUGGGAGCUGAGCCGACUGCAGCGACAAUGCAAAGUGAUGGAAGAUGAAAGGCGAGCCUACAGCAAAGAAGUCCAUCAGCGCGUCAACAAGCAGCUUGAGGAGAUCCAGCGCCUGGAGGGGGUGAGACACAAACUGCGGGUGCAGAUCAGCAUUGCCCAGAGCCAGGUCAGGAGGCUGCGGGACAGUGAGAGGCUGGAGAACAUGGGUCACCUGCUCAAGUGCCAGGUCCGGGUGCAGGCCGAGGUCAAGGAGCUGCAGGCACAGAACCAAGCCCUGGACAGGCAGAUCCAGGAAUGGGAGAGCCGGAACUCUGCCCACAGCAAGAAUGCCAGGUCUCCAGGAUGCGUCCAGGAUCAUAAGGUCAAGAGCCAGCGAAGGAUCAAGAGUCUCGAAAACCAGCUGGACAAGGUCAUCUGUCGCUUUGACAUCCAGCUGGCUCAGAACGCGACCUUGAGGGAGGAGCUAGAUCUCCUGCGGAUCGAGAGGAACCGCUAUCUUAACGUGGACCGAAAGCUCCAGAAGGAGAUCCAGCUCCUGAAGGACUCGGUCAGGAACCUCAUGGUCUCCUCCACCUCCGCCUACACUGUCAGGGAAGAGGCGAAGACCAAGUUAGGCAUGCUUCGGGAGAGAGCUGAGAAGGAGGUGGCCCAGAACGAGACAGAGGUGCAGAUCUUGCAGCGGCAGAUCGCGCACUUGGAGCAGCUGCACCGCUUCCUCAAGCUCAAGAACGGCGACCGGCAGCCGGAUUCCGCCAUCGUAGAGAAGCGCGAGCAGCGGGCCCAGGAGGUGGCCGAAGGCCUCCGGAAGACCUCCCAGGAGAAGUUGGUGCUGCGCUACGAGGACGCCCUGAAUAAACUGUCCCAGCUGACCGGGGAGACCGACCCGGACUUGCUGGUGGAAAAGUAUCUGGAGUUGGAGGAGCGGAACUUUGCGGAGUUCAACUUCAUCAAUGAACAGAACUCGGAGCUGGAGCACUUGCAGGAGGAGAUCAAGGAGAUGCAGGAGGCCUUGGUGAGCGGGCGCCGCAGCGAGGAGGACCGGCGAGCGCAGCAGGAGCAGCAGCGGGCCGAGUUGCAGCAGCGCGUGGACGAUGUGCACUCGGAGGCCGACGACCUGGAGGCCCGCUACCACAAUUUUCGCGGGCAGCUGGAGAAGCUCAAGACCAACAUCCAGCACCUCUUCACCAGGGUCCAGUGUGAUAGCACCCUCAUCAAUGACCUCCUCGGAGUCAAGACCCACAUGAGAGACCGGGACAUCAGCCUUUUCCUGAGCCUCAUCGAGAAGCGACUGGUGCAGCUCCUGACGGUGCAGGCCUUCCUGGAAACGCAGAACUACACCUCCACCAGCAUGCUCAACGCUUCCCUCAUGGUGCUGGGCCAGAGCUCUGAGGAUUUUCCUAAGAAGGUGGCCCCGCCUCAGCCCCCAGACAACCUGGAGGACCCCCCAGGUUUUGAGGCCAAAGACGACUAUCCUUUGAGCAAGGAGGAGCUGCUGAGCUCUGUGGUGAAGGCGCUGGAGGCCCGGGAGCAGUCGAAGGAGCAGCACCUGAAGGAGCUGGUCGAGGGCAUCAAGGUGGAGAGCACCCCGAGCAUGACCUCCAGCACCCCGAAGGUCAGCUCCAGCUCGUGCCUGGUGACCCAGCGGCCCACUCAAGCCCCCGGGUCCAUCAUGAGCCACAAGACCAGCGGCAUCCUGGUGUCCAGCGGAGGCCGCGCCACCAGCUCCAACGUGGGCCACGUGACCUUCGGGGAGUCCAGCGCAGGCCACGUGACCUUUGGCUCCACCAGCGCCACCACGGGGGGACUGAUGUCCAGUCGAGGCUCCACCCCGGGCCGUGUGACCUUCCGAUCCCCCAACUCUAGCAGCUACCUGGGGUCCACUGGAUAUGUGGGGUCCAGCAGAGACCACGAGAGCUUUGAGGCGAGCAAAGGUCCUGGGUCAGAAUCGAGCGGAGGCCUCGGGUCCAGCCCCGGCCCUGCCUCCAGCACCGGCCAGGCCUCCACAACUAGCAAGGACUCCCGGAACAACUACUAGGGCACCCCGCCCCUGGCUCCUCGCAGGGCCUUCUCUGGGUCUCUGCCUCUUAGGACUCAACAUCUUUCUCACCGAGCUCCGAGCUCCGGGAGAGCUGCCUGCACACCUGUCUCCAUCAACCCUUCCCUGUGUUUCUGUGUCUCUUCCUAUCGGCCCCUCCCUCAUCAGCCUCCUGGUCUCCCUCUCUGUUUCUGACCCGACCUUCCCUUUCGGUUGCCAGAUUUCCUGUUCUCUGGGUUUCCCAUUCCCUGUGUCCCAGUCUUGUCCCCAUGUCUGUCUUUUCACCUCUGCUCUAACCUCUCUGAUGAUCCCUUCCCCUCCUGUUUCAGCUUCCCCAUUUCUAACUCCCUCUCCUCACCUCCCUCUCCCAGGCCCUCCUUGCAUCUCAUGUCCCUGCUUCUGUAGGUCCUUGUUCCUUGUUCCCUUCAAGAGUCCUCAGUACUGACUCGUGGGGGAAGAAUUGGGGGCAAAGAUGUCAGGGCUGGCGUGAGCUGUGACCAUAGGAAAUAAAGGCCAGAG